ACCUCCUGGCGACCUGAACCUGGCACCGCACCGACCGUUCACUUGGUUUUCCCUUGACGAACUUCCCCGGAUCGAGAACCGUUCUGCAACCGACUGAUACCUAGGCCUCGAUUCCUCUACCGUCAGUUUUUGUCUGCCGUCUCCAUCUUCAAUCCAGGGCAUCCCAUCCACCCCAUCCAUCCGUCCAUCCAUCCAUUCAAGCCGUCUGUCGAAUACCCCGAGGUUGCGAUAUCGUCAUACCAGUCUACUUAGGGACUUCAUGAUCGCACCAUAAUCGGACCUCCCCGACUAUCCAUCCUACUACGUCUAGCUCCCAUCCGCUCGCCCCCCUCCCACCCUCUCCGCGGAAUCUCGACUUUAGUCUUCCCGAUAUCAAGUUCGGGAUUGAUUGCGACACGAUAAUUGACGACGUUUCAUCCCGGUUCCGGCUCUCGGUCAAUGUCGCGCCGCUAAUCUCGAGAUCGUCAUCCGAAAAAAAGGACAGUUCAAGAUCCUCAAUGUCGACAGCCGCCGACGUCCCUAGGUUCAAGGGCCCAAAUCCCAUCAUCCAAUCCAUGUCAGCAACGAAGCGAUCGACUACUAGCACAGAUGUCAAGAGCACCAUGUCGACAAAUUGGCUGGGCGCGUACGGCAACUUCAUCACCAAGAAUAAUCAUCAGGUCUCCCAGAUAGAAUCGACCCUGCGUUCCUUAACAUACAUCAUACCUGGCCGUUUUCGGGAUGCCGAGAUUGCCUCCGAGUCCAUCCACAGCGGCGUCCAGCUCCUCUCUCUCUACCAUGAUACCCUGCUAUUCCGUGCAUCCUCCAAGCUAUCUCAGCCAUCACUCGCAAACGCGCCCUCUCCGCAUAAACGAUACAUCCGCUUUUGGUUCCUCAAGAGUCCCCUCUACCGGCGCGUAGCCUAUCUUCUGCAGAUCGUCAACUAUGUCGAGCUUUUAAUCGAGAUGGCGGCCAAGCGCCGCGGCGAGCGCAUGCGGUGGCGCGCCGUCAUCAUAAUAGAAGCCAUCAAGGCCUUUUGCAAGCUUCUUCUGCUGAGGAUAACAAAGUCACGGCCACUGAUUACCCCGGUUCUGCCCGAGCGAGAGCCUCUGCCCGAAGCGCCAACCGACGAGGAAUCCGCCUUCCAAGGGGACGAUAGCGGAUACGCCAGCGCAUCAGGGUCGCCGCAGCAGUCGUCACCGGACGGAGAAUGGACCAUGCCCCGCACCGGCAUGUCGCUGCCCACAUUACCUUCGCCCGGCGACAUCAGCAGCUACCUCCUUUCGCGGGUGCUAACAGCCGACGACAUCAAGCCGGCGGCAAAACUGGUCAAUCAGCUACAAGGAUCGGCGCAGGUUGCUGAGAUCCUGCAUAUUCUGUCACCAUUGGCAUUUGCAGUGGCCAUGGCUCGCAGCAAGGAUAAGCGCAAGGCCUGGGCUCCGUGGGUGCUUGGGUUGGCGAUAGAGUUGGUCGCUCGGCAGCUGCGAGAUCGCAGCCUACGGACGACGCCGCUCGAACGGGAGGAAUGGAGCCGUAGAGGCUGGGCCUUGGGGUGGUGGAUGAUGCGCGGGGCGUUCUACGAGAAUAUCACAAAGUCGAUGGUGGAGGGCGUGAGGAAACGGAUGCCGAGCUUGAUUGGAGGCAUUUUGGAGGAUUAUGAGUACCUCUGGGAGAAUUAUCAUUUCAGCACCAGCCCGUAGUAGGCUUCAACGUUUCUGGGGAAGGGCGAGAGCCGGUUAUACAUGGCGGAGAUAACGGUGUUGGUCACUGGUUACCAAGUCAUAUACCGUCUACGAUUUUGGGUUCCGGGAUUUUUUUUAUCAUUCGUAACCACCCAGGAGCUUGGUUCGGCGCGUUUGGAUGUCAACAAAGAACCAGUCUGAGCAGUGGGUGCUAAGUGAACUUUGUUGCCAGGGCAAUAUCAGUGUAAGCGGGCAUGGAAGCGUUGGUGAUGUACGAGCAUGUUCCGAUUGGUUCAGCACUUUGUAUAUAGAUACCAUAAUUGUGAUACAACACAUUCAACCAGAACUGGGCUUCUGUCCCAGUGUCGUG